ACCCACUCCAUGGAGUCUAAUAUUACUCUCACACAUGCACACAGCACCAAAGUUGGGUGGAUCUUAACAUUUCCAGAUACAAAUCAUUCUAGCUUGUGCAAAAAGACAACCUACAGCAACCCAAUAUAACAGCUAGCUCUAUAUAUUCUGGUGUUGAUUCUUUCCAUGCUCCAAUUUCCGUGUUCUUGUUCGAUCCCGGCACUACUCCUGAAUGCCUGCAUUCCCUUUUAGAUUUUGUGUUUGAUUUUGUCCUGUAAGGAGGAUAUGCGGGAUCAUAUGGAAAGAUUUAUAGUUCUUCCAUUCUCCAUCGCCUGUGCUUCUCACUCCAGUGUUGAUGUGGCCUCCAGUGAAUCCUGCAAGAAACCAAAACCCGAAACCAAAUCACAUGCAACAAGAGGACAAGAAGGGGAGGAAAGCUCUUGUAAAGAAAAGACGAAGAACAAUACAUUUGGUUUCCUGCUGGCUCUUCCAAAGCCUUGCAUAUCCAGUAGCAUUCACAAAUUGAUUAGGGGCAUUAAGACUCUCUCCCAAGUAUUUGUGUACAAAGAAGAAGACGAGGAGCUAAUGGAAAGAGAGAUGGAAAUCGGAUAUCCAACUGAUGUGAAGCAUGUAACACACAUAGGAUUGGAUGGAACUACUAUGACAAAUCCUAUUAAGGGCUGGGAAUGCCUGAAAUCUCCAGAAAUAAUUCCAUUCCCUUCAUUUACUUUAAGGCAGUUCGAGCUUGCAAUGGCUGCACAAGCUCAUGGACCUCUUGUUGGGGUCGAUCAUUCCAAGCUUGUUUGAUUCAUUGAUUUUUCUUUUCAUUUCCUGAUCUUGUUUCUUUGACACUAGAUGACUGAUGUGAUGAAGAUUGAUCAAUGUUUUUGAUGGAGGCACUGGUUGCAGUGAUGUGUUUAUGGUGUGUGUGUGGGACCUUGACAAUGUUUUUCUGGGUGGCCAUUGAAAUUGUUCUUGCAAUCCAUUCUCAAUAUUUGCUUGUUU